CUCCGCCCCGCAACGGCGCCCGCUGGCGGGGGACGGAAGCGGCGGCCGCUUCUUCCGCUUCCGCCGCCGCGAUGCUCGGGGACCUGCUGCUCUGCGGGACGCUGCUGAUGAACGCGGGCGCUGUGCUCAACUUCAGGCUGAGGAAGAGAGAAACGGAAGGUUUCGGCAAAGAGUCCAGGGAGCCGACGACCGGUAACCGAGCUUGGAGCUCUGUGGCUGCGAGGGCUUCUCACCUCAAAAUUAUAGAGAUGCUCUCAGAAACAGGCAUUUUCUGCAAGAUAUUCUUGGUUAAAGCAUUUUCGAGGCACCRAAGUACAAAUUUUGUUCAGUCAUGAACUGGCCUGUGGCUGGAUCAACUGUUUUGCUAAAUUGCAACUUAAAAUUUAGCUCGUUAUUUGCCUUUAGGCACCACAGUGGAAACUUAAUGCAAAUCUAUGACUUGAGAAGAAACAUAUGUAUAUUUUUCCACUCUUGAACUUAGGUGCCUGUGUUACAGAGGUAUUACUACGCUGGCAAUGUGAUGGCCAUGUUAGUUUUUAUGCACCCACUCCGCUCUUUUGUAUCUUGCAGAGGAGUGACCUCUUUUAUCACUUAUUUUCCCAGAAGCUCAUAGUAGAGAUGUACUGAAUGUCAUAUGUGUCAUUGCUACCUAAAAUUUCAAUUUUCUUUGGUUUUGUUCUGACUUAUUUAAACUAAGUGUUAAACUAAGAUUUGCAUGUGUUCUUUUUACUUGGUGUUGGAAAAGUGAAUUACUGACAAAUGAGACAUUUUUCACACUGAAAGUUUCUUCUUCCGAUUUCCAGGUGACAAUAUCAGAGAGUUCUUGCUGAGUCU